AUGACACUUUCUGGUAUCCAAAGCAGCGAUGAACUCCCAGAAACGCCUUGGAAGAAACAACUCGAUAAUGCCCGCGAACAGUUUGACAUAGCCCGUGACCUUGGCGGAUAUACCAUCAGCAGAAUCUGGGGCCUGGCGUCCCAUGACAGUCUUGUUGUGGCAGCUUUUACACUACAUCCAGGAGACACGGUUGAAUAUCGAACUUCUGCAGAGGAGCGAACAAUGCUUGUCUUCUCUCACGCGAAUGCAGAGCUUACGGAACAUGAUGACCUGGCUUUCCCCUAUCCUUUACCAGAUCGAUCACCGGACACCCUGCGCAGAAAAAGGGAGGCUGCUCUGGGAUAUAUUCUCUUCACUGAAGGUGGCGACUACAGCAGACUGGCGUUGAGUCGGAAAAUGCUCUAUGCAGCAGCAUGUUGCGCGAUUGUGGACUCUCAGAAUGACAAGAUAUUGUCUCAGGCUCGAAAAGCUCUGGAGUGGCUAGCAUCAGGUAUAGACGUUGACCUGUCUAAUGAGAUAGGCAAAUGCUCGGCGCCAGGCAGUACGAUAGACGCAAAAACUGCAGAACAGCUGGAGGGUUCAGGCCAACAGAUCUUUGAACAAUGUACUAUAUGCGAUGCAGGGCUCUCUUGGUACUCCGCCGUGGAAGCUCAGUGUGCGGCUGGCCAUCUGUUUGUGCGGUGCGGUGUGACAUUUCUUGCUAUUCAAGAGCCGGGCCUUUCGAAAUUCUGCUCGCGCUGUGGAACAGAAUAUCUCAGUGAGGAUCUUGUGCAUGAUGAACUCAAACACACCUGUCGCAUCCUGUCGGACGUAUUCGACACCUGUAUAUACUGCAGCGGCAAAUUUCAAGCCUAG